CUGGGGGCUACUCUUGCCACACUUAUCGCGACGCAAAGGGGCGGGAGGAGGAGGACAAUGCCAUCGUGACAGCAGCUCGCGCAUGCACACGGCACACACCUCCUCCAUCGUCUUCCCAUCCAUUCCGUCCUCCUCUCACACCCCGACGUGGUGUGGGCGACAUCUCGGCAAGGUAUUCACAGUCUCGUUUGCCGGGUGGUCCGACGAGCGAUGAAAAGCAUGGCGUGGCGACCAGGAGCUGCCGUCACACAUUGCCGCACAUGCCAGUCGGUCGUCCGUCUCCUGCCUUCUUUACUCCUCGGCCAGGUCGCCCGAGGCAUUCAUCUCAACCUCUCCAGCUCUUGAUCAUACUGAUAGAAAUAGCAUUCAGCCCAGAGGCCAUGCUCGCGUGCGCGGCAUGCUGGGCGGACCCCAGGUUUCAGAUGCUCGGGUGGUCGGCGCCUUGCCUGGCGGUUCACGUCGGCCUCGCCUUCUUUCCGUCGACAGCCGCUGUGGAAGCCUUCCUUGCUCAGCUCACGACCCGCAUCAAUGACGAGUAUAAGGACCAUCACGGGUUCAUCACGUACGGCGACAUUGUCAGCACUGCUCGCGAUCAGCUCGGUUCCAAACCCAAUGCCUUUUUCAGCUUGGAAGAUGUUGGCCUGAUGUUGGCUAUGGCGGGCAUGGACCCGACACCGGCCAGUGUCAACUUUAGCCUCUCGGAUCGGACGAACGGCCAGAGCUGGGCCAAGUGCUUCAAGAGCCGUGUGGUUGACUUGAUCUCCAUGGCCAUGGCGCACGCCAGCGAGGAGCAUGUUAAUCAUGCGGGACUUACAGACACGUGCCUCUCGAGCUUGAUCAUGCCGUGCCUCGAAGGUCUUAAUGAGGCCAUUCAGACUUGCCUCGAGCGCCCCUACAAGGCGCCACGCGAAGCCAGCGUUGACUAUGCUCUCGACACUUUCUUGGCAUUUUGAACCAUGCGCCAAGGGUGACAAAGCCAGAGUCGAUCACACCGCCUUGCGUGCCCACGAGAAGACGUAGUAUCGUGUGUGCACUGACCAGGCGCCAGCGCGGAUGUCAGUGAGCCAGAAAGCACCGGUUGCGUUGCGCUUGAGAUAAAGAACAAAUUCACCCA